CACAUACAGACACACACACACACACACACACACAUAGAUCCGGGUGGGGGGAGCGGCAGCGCGAGACAGCGCGAGCCUCCGAGAAAGCGCGAGACACGGCGGCGCAUGCAGCUCCGCGGCCGCCGCUUCGCCCCAGCUCCAGCCCGCGCCACUCGCAGCCCGCCCGCGAGCGCCCGCAGGGUUAUUUAUGCGGCGGCCGAGUCCGCCGGCUGCAGCUUCUUACAGGCCCCCAGCGCCCCAGGUGCGCCCCCCCACUCGCGGCAGUAGCCCGGACUCGUGCGUGGGUGUGUUGUUUGGGGCUCCUGCCUCCGCGCCGCGGGUGCCACCUCCCAGGACGCUGCCCACGGCGUCCCUGGUCGCGAUCAAACAAAUAAUAGAAGUCUGACCUAUUCUGGAAAUAGAAGGAUACCCUGGAGAAAGGAGCAUUGUAAGCACAAAGAAUAAGAUUCCUCAAUCCUGGGAGAGAGAAUUAAAGUCUAACUCUCCAAAUGGCUACUCUAAUGUGAUGCUGGGAUUGAAUUUUCCUAGAACUUCAUUUCAAGAUUGACUCAAAAGUCUUGUGGAAGAUCUGGAAGAAACAGGUAUUAAGUCAUGAUGCAGGAAUCUGCCACAGAGACAAUAAGCAACAGUUCAAUGAAUCAAAAUGGAAUGAGCACUCUAAGCAGCCAAUUAGAUGCUGGCAGCAGAGAUGGAAGACCAAGUGGUGACACCAGCUCUGAAGUAAGCACAGUGGAACUGCUGCAUCUCCAACAACAGCAGGCUCUCCAGGCAGCCAGACAACUUCUUUUACAGCAGCAAACAAGUGGACUGAAAUCUCCUAAGAACAGUGAUAAACAGAGACCACUGCAGGAAUUGCUUCCAGAAACAAAAUUAUGUGUCUGUGGCCACUCUUCUGGUGAUGGGCAUCCUCACAACACAUUUGCAGUGCCUGUGUCAGUGGCCAUGAUGACUCCCCAGGUGAUCACCCCUCAGCAGAUGCAGCAAAUCCUUCAGCAGCAAGUCCUGUCUCCUCAGCAGCUCCAAGCCCUUCUCCAGCAGCAGCAGGCAGUCAUGCUGCAGCAGCAACAACUACAAGAGUUUUACAAGAAACAGCAAGAGCAGUUACAUCUUCAGCUUUUGCAGCAGCAGCAACAGCAGCAGCAGCAGCAACAGCAGCAACAGCAGCAGCAGCAGCAGCAACAGCAGCAGCAGCAGCAACAGCAGCAGCAGCAGCAGCAGCAGCAGCAGCAGCAUCCUGGAAAGCAAGCCAAGGAGGUAGGACCUGGUCUCGUUGAUACGCAACAGUCGGAGCAGCAGCAGCAGCAGCAACAGCAGCAGCAGCAGUUGGCAGCCCAGCAGCUUGUCUUCCAGCAGCAGCUUCUCCAGAUGCAGCAACUCCAGCAGCAGCAGCAUCUGCUCAGCCUUCAGCGUCAGGGGCUCAUCUCCAUUCCACCUGGCCAGGCGGCACUUCCUGUCCAAUCACUGCCUCAAGCUGGCUUAAGUCCUGCUGAGAUUCAGCAGUUAUGGAAAGAAGUGACUGGAGUUCACAGUAUGGAAGACAAUGGCAUUAAACAUGGAGGGCUGGACCUCACUACUAACAAUUCCUCCUCGACUACCUCCUCCACCACUUCCAAAGCAUCACCACCAAUCACUCAUCAUUCCAUAGUGAAUGGACAGUCUUCAGUUUUAAAUGCACGGCGAGACAGCUCAUCACAUGAGGAGACUGGGGCCUCUCACACUCUCUAUGGCCAUGGAGUUUGCAAAUGGCCAGGCUGUGAAAGCAUUUGUGAAGAUUUUGGACAGUUUUUAAAGCACCUUAACAAUGAGCACGCAUUGGACGACCGGAGCACCGCCCAGUGUCGAGUGCAGAUGCAGGUGGUGCAACAGUUAGAGAUACAGCUUUCUAAAGAACGCGAACGUCUUCAAGCAAUGAUGACCCACUUGCACAUGCGACCCUCCGAGCCCAAACCAUCUCCCAAACCUCUAAAUCUGGUGUCUAGUGUCACCAUGUCGAAGAACAUGUUGGAGACAUCCCCACAGAGCUUACCUCAAACCCCUACCACACCAACGGCCCCAGUCACCCCGAUUACCCAGGGACCCUCAGUAAUCACCCCAGCCAGUGUGCCCAGUGUGGGAGCCAUACGAAGGCGACAUUCAGACAAAUACAACAUUCCCAUGUCUUCAGAGAUUGCCCCAAACUAUGAAUUUUAUAAAAAUGCAGAUGUCAGACCUCCAUUUACUUAUGCAACUCUCAUAAGGCAGGCUAUCAUGGAGUCAUCUGACAGGCAGUUAACACUUAAUGAAAUUUAUAGCUGGUUUACACGGACAUUUGCUUACUUCAGGCGUAAUGCGGCAACUUGGAAGAAUGCAGUACGUCAUAAUCUUAGUCUGCACAAGUGUUUUGUUCGAGUAGAAAAUGUUAAGGGAGCAGUAUGGACUGUGGAUGAAGUAGAAUACCAGAAGCGAAGGUCACAAAAGAUAACAGGAAGCCCAACCUUAGUAAAAAAUAUACCAACCAGUUUAGGCUAUGGAGCAGCUCUGAAUGCCAGUUUGCAGGCUGCCUUAGCAGAGAGCAGUUUGCCAUUGCUAAGUAACCCUGGGCUGAUCAAUAACGCAUCCGGUGGCCUACUGCAGGCGGUCCACGAAGACCUCAAUGGUUCUUUGGAUCACAUCGACAGCAAUGGGAACAGCAGUCCAGGCUGCUCGCCUCAGCCGCACAUACAUUCAAUCCAUGUCAAGGAAGAGCCAGUGAUUGCAGAGGAUGAAGACUGCCCCAUGUCCUUAGUGACAACAGCUAAUCACAGUCCAGAGUUAGAAGACGACCGAGAGAUUGAAGAAGAGCCUUUAUCUGAAGAUCUGGAAUAAGAACUGACUUGUAGAACCUCAGUGUGAAGGGACAUAUCACUGACCUUCAUAACCACUCCACAACCAUGAAUAUUUGAGAAAUUUUUACUGUGACUAUUUAUUAAGCAUGGAUAAAGGAGACAGCCCUAAAGGAACUUACUAAGCCAGCCCUUUGGGAUUCAGUACCAACAGGCAAAUUGCUUGUUUUCUUCUCUUUUUUUUUUUUUUUAGAAAAAAAGACAAAAACUGAUUUUCUUGAACAAAAAAAAAAAAAAAAAAAAUGAACUGUUCUUUCUAUAAUGGCUUUGCCCAUUUAAAAAAUGUGGCUCUUAAGGGUUCAUGAAAUGACUGAAUAUGAGGAUACACGUUCUGUAGAAAGCAAAUGCGCCUCAUAUACUGCCAAAAAUAGUGUUAGUUUCAUUAAUGUGAAUUUUCCAGCAUUCAGUAGUUGUAAUGUUAGAAACAAUUGCUGGUCAAGUUCAACUUGUUGCUAUUGUUUUUAAUUUGCACAGGAGUAGUAUCAGAAAUUAGUGUCACUGCUUGUAUCUAGCUGAAUUUUAAACAACAGAACAUUAGUUUUUUAUGUUGGUGCCACCAACUGUAAAUGACAUAAGUUAGUUAUUGCAAAACACAGUAAUUAGACUGUCGCAACCAUCUAAAACCUUAGGCUUCCAGUCUGUGCUGUUAGUGUUAAGAUGUAAAGUGCAAUCCUAAGCUAACAUUAUCUGUGCAAGCACCAUAGAAACAUUUGCAUAUCUGCAUAGAUCUUACAACUGUACUCUUUACCUCCUUGUGAUAAAGCUUUGUCUACCUGCAAACACAGUCAAAGGCUACAGCUGCAAACCAAAGCCAACUCUAACCAUGGCCAAGAGCUCAAGGACAGAAGCAGCCACAUGCUUUGGUCAGCCUUCUGUAAACUUCAAUUAGUACAAAGGAACCUUUUCCAUGAACUACCUGCUGUUUUCUGAUGACCUCUGGGAUCUUUUCAUUUAGCCCUAAAACAAAGAAACAAAUAUGACAAAAACCACAACUAAAAAAGUUAAUUCAGUCACAGAGUAAUCUUCUGAGGCCAAAAGUCCAUCUCAAUGCAAUGAAGAUUUGCUUUCAUUUAAAGACAGAGGUGAGGACAAAAUCCGCAGUGGAAGUUAUGAUAUGCUAGAAAGCAACAAAUGUGGAUCACUGACCAAAACGAUUAUGUACUUGAUGCAAAUGCAGAUUGCAUAUUGUUAUAUAGAGAGUACUUUGUGUUUUCGUUUCCUGCAUUCAGUCAGUUCUUUUCAGUGGUGAAUACAUGUUGUUAGAAGAUGUCUUGUAUGGUCUUAAUCUUCGUUGUGUGCUAUUUUUUUAUAGUCUUAAGUUAUAAUUAAAAAAACAAAAAAACAAAAAGUAGGAACCAAACUUAAAAGGUCUAGUAAAGCCAAAAAUUAAUUUCUUAUUGAUUUUAAAGUGAUCUAGCUGAGUUUUUACACUGAAAGUAAAGAUUAUAGCAAUUGUAGUCCAUGGUAUUUAUUUUCAGUCAAACCAAAGUUACAUAUAAUUCUGCCUCUGCUUAUACGGGAUAUGAACACUAACAACACGCUCCCUUCAAAGACUUGCACAGGCCAAAUUGUUGGAAUGCUGGUUUCCUUGACAGCUCCAAACCCCAAAACUAUGAUAAUGCGUUAUGGUGUAGUUGAACAUAGCAUAGUCAGAUGUUUGCUUAAAAACUAGAAACUUUACGUGUUGCUUUUCAUGUGCUGUGCCAAGUCUUGAUAAUACUUUUUCCCCCAACCAAGGGACCUCAUAACCUGAUUAUGGUUAUUGCUUUACAAACAGUUUUGACAGAAGGUGGCUGCUAGAGCUUAACACGCCAGUUCCAUCUGAUGGAACCGGUUCUUGCAAACUAAGCUCAUCAUUGAUUCUUUGCUGAAGUCAGCAAAUAGAGUUAGCGAGAUACCCAGUCAUCUAUUACACCAAAUAAAAAGGACAUGACGGCUUUCAAAAGGGUUUUCCCACUUACCCAAAAGGCUUUCUGAAAGCUUCUACCUCUGCAAAAAAGAAAAAAAAAAAAAAGAAAAAAAGAAAAAAAAGAAAAAAAAAAAAGAAAAAAAUUAGAACCAUUACGGCAGAUUGCAUGAAAUGUGAGAACGUCACAGUAACUGCUACUUUUCAUUAUGUGUGUCUUUGGGUCAUGAUCA